ACCCCGGAAGUUGUUGGUCGGUUUCUCCUGCCAUGUGGAUGCGGAUCUCCUGAAAACCCCCCAGUUUACCCGUCAAGUUUACUUUGGCCCCUGACGACAUUCAGCCCUCCACAUGCGACCGCCUGGACAUCGGUGGGGUGUGUGUGCGUGUCUGUUAGUUCUGCGCGUGCUUCGGGGUGAUGUAUAGCGCCUACCAGGACUGGGAGAAGCUGGAGGAUGAACUCUACCGAGAGGAUGAAUCGGACUCGGAAGGGUCGGAAGCCAACAGUGAGCUGGAGUUCCACCUCUACAGCCAGCUGCACUACUCCUCCAAUGCCGGGAAUAUGGAGGGCCUGCAGGACGGAGAGGAGAGGGAGCUCGACGGAACGGGCCAGGAUGCGCUGCAAGAGGAGGCGCCGGAGAAAACCACAGAUGCUGACAGCGAAGUGGAAAAUACAAAUAAGCCCAAGUCUCCAUCAUCAUCCAUUAACAACAACUUCCGGCAGCAGCGAAAGAAGAAGGUAGAGAAACAGAAGAAUAGGAAGAGUGAACCUACAGGUCCAAAGUUAGUGCCAUCAUUGUUUGAGGAGGUCAUAGUGAUCGACUCCGGCCCUGAUGUCAUUUCCAUCUCCGAGGAUGAUGACGAUGAUGACGAUGACGACGAUGAUGAUGAUGAUGAUGAUGAUGAUGAUCCAGGGAUCUGCGCCUUGAAAGGUCAAAGUUUGAAGCGACUGCAGACUUCCACCCCGACACAGCAGGGAACCAGACAGAGGGAACAAUGUCAUGUGGUGUCCAGCAGUUCAGAUUCUGAUUCAGAGGAGUCAGAAUCUGAUUCAUCUGAUAUGGAUGAUCUGGAGAACUGGAUGAUCCUGGGUCAAGAGAAUCAGGAUGGAGACCAAACCAUUUCACUCAACCUGGAAGGGGGGGUUAGCAGCAACACAGAUGCUGACGAAGAAGAAGGAAGUUGGCUGGUCUUGGACAAAGACAGGCAGGCUCAGAUCUGUAACAAAGACAAGGGUCCAAGGAUAACAGUGUAUCCGGGUUCAAACAGAUACUAUACAGGGAAGAACGUCCGCUGCAGGAACUGCGAGAAGACCGGACAUCUCUCCAAGAACUGUCCCAGCCCCACAAAGGUGCAGCCCUGUUUUCUUUGUGGCACCCAAGGCCACGUGUCCAGUGGAUGUCCCUAUAAACACUGCAACAACUGUGGCCAGCCCGGGCACCUCUUCAGCUCCUGCAGCGAGAGGGCCUACUGGCACAAGCAGUGCCAUCGCUGCAGUAUGACGGGACACUUCUUUGACGCUUGUCCGGAGAUCUGGAGACAGUAUCACGUUACAACUAAAAAUGGGCCUCCUGUAAAGCGGAAGGAAGAAAAGGAGGCUCAGUCACCGGCCUACUGCUACAACUGCUCCAGGAAAGGACACUUUGGGCAUGCGUGUACACAGCAGAGAAUGUUCAGAGGCGUUUAUCCCGUAACUCCAUUUAUCCACCACUACGACACUCUGAAGGAAAUUGACCGGCGACAAAAUAGGCUCAGGAUGAAGGUUCAAGAAAUGAAAAGGAAUGGCUAUUUCACCACUCUUUCUCAGACCCCUCUCACCCCUGAACUACCAAAGAAGAAACAGAAAAUCGGCCAUCAAAAAAGCAACCACCAGCCUAAACAUACGCCUCAACUAUUUCGAAACAACAAAGCCAAUUCCAGCCACGUCUUUUUCGAUGACCAAAGCGAAACGCCCAAAACAAAGAAAUUCAGACAACAGGAAUUUGUUGGCAAUGUGAAACCAUGGAAACCUAAGAGACCUGUGCCCAUCUCGAGGAACUCGGCCCCAGCAGCUAAACUGAUUGUGGAUGAAGCCGACGACUUUCCCAGAGGGGGAGGGUCCGAGAAAAGGCCAGAGAAGAAGAAGAACAGGAAAAAGAAGAGAAAGAAUGAAACAUCUUUAUCUCUACCAGAGGGACACAAAGAAAGAGGGCCAGGCAGUCCUCUUCAAAAGAAGAGGUGGAAGCUGGCGUCAAAGAAACAGAAAGAGGACAACAAGAAAACUGGCAAAAAAAAACCUGCCUACAAAAAACUUGGCACACAGAUGUACCCAUCUGAUGAAAAUCUGUUCCUUAUCAAACAGCGGAAACGCAGUAGAUAGCAUCCGUUUGUCAACGUGUGCCGAGCACAGCUGGCGUGGAUCAAGAUAUCGAGGGACAUUUUGUUCACUCAGGUUUUACAGCAGGAGAGGAGAAGUCAUCUUUGUGGCUUUGGAGCCUUUUAUUUGACUGUUUCACUAUUAUCAUUAAAAUAAAAGAUGAGCUUGUUUAGUUUCAUAGCCCAGUGUUUUUUCUCAUGUUGGCUCACGUUUACACACUUAGAAGAGUGACAUUAAGAGUUGAUGAAUUAAUUAGUUAUAUAAAACCUGUUUUUCAAUUCCCAAGAGUUCAAUUGUUAAAAUUGAUCAGUAGUUCUUAUUCAAACCACCCAAUGACCAGAAGUUACUGUUAAUAUUGUAAUGAUCAUUAAAAUAAUAAAAGAGUAUGUGUAAUCAGGUACUUAAUCUUUUAUUUGGCUGACAUUUUCAUCACCAUCAGAAUUCUCUGAAACAGAAUUCUGGUUUUUACUUAUUGUCUUUAAACAUCAGCUAUUUAAAUUUUGUACUACACAUGUUUUUUUUUUUUUAAUUACAGAAACUGUAAAACCUGAUAUGGUCGAGUGGGAAACAGUUGAAUGAUGACCAGUUGUCCAAGCUAACUGGGAAAAUAAAACUUGAAUC